AUGGUGAAGAAACACCGGUCUGACAAGUCGACUUCUAGCGGCGCGGGAAAGAUCCAGGCUACAACGCCGCGUACGGUUGACGACUCGGGACAGAAGUGUUCUCCUCUAUUGACUCGUCAGAUCGCCGACUCGACGUGGGAAGAGCGGGCGAUUUGCUUCUUCUUCGACCAGUACACUUGCUCGAAUGAGACGGGCGAGUGUAUCAGCCACCUGGGGUUCCUGCCGUCGCUGUACGCUCUGUGCAGGGAUGCCAGCGAGAAGGAGUGCUCCGCAUCGUCAUCGUCGCUGCGACUGGCGGUGGACGCGACGGCUCUUGUCACUCUUAGCAAUGAGAUCCGGGAACCCUCGUUGAUUGUCAAGGCGCGGUAUCUGUACGGUAUGGCUCUGCAGCGCCUACGGCAGGCGCUGGAAUCUCGGACACAAGCUGUCCGGGACGAGACGCUGGCGUCGGUGGUUCUGCUUUCCAUAUUUGAGGAUAUUACUGGGGAGCGCAAUGGACUUGCGAGUUCGCAUACGGUGGGGUUGGAGAUCCUGAUGAAACUGAGGGGUAUGAGUCAGUUCGGCCACGCGCAGGGUCGAGAUCUGUUCAACUUUGCCUAUACGCAUACGCAUACCGAGUUCUUGGCCCUGGGCGACAAGCCUCGAUUCAAGACUGAUUGGAUAGCUGGACUGCUGGACAGUGCGGAUCCCGUGCACCGGCUGAUGCUCCUCGCAUCGAAAGUUAGCCAGAUAUUCCUUGAGAGUUCGUCCUUGCAGGCCUCGGCCGGAGCGGAGGAUGUGGGCAGGCUGGUCUCGUGCAUGGAAGACGCCAAAUCGGUGGAUUUGGAGUUCGCAGCGUGGAGUCAGGGUCUGCCCGAUAACUGGCUCCCGCUCAUCGUCUACUCGCGGACACACGAGUCUUUAAUGACCUAUCAGCAGAUAACGAUCGCAGCGAUAUGGAACUACUACCGUGCGGUUCGCAUCAUCCUACUCAAAGUCAUACUUCGGCUCCGCGACCUUCUUGCAUCGGCUGUUGGCGAAUUCAGAGUGUACAGUGAGCUUCUUCAGGAGGAGCCGAUGAUUCUGGAGUCGAUCCAGGAAAUGAUCACGGAUGUGUGCCGGAGCAUCCCCUUUGCUUUUGGACAUGUUGAUGCGAUGGGCAAUCCGAUCCCGACCUCUUCGGAGGGGAAGCUGCACAUUCGUGCUUUCCAGGGGUACAGUAUGGUCUGGCCGUUGUGGUAUAUCUCAUCGUGCGGCCUGGCAACUCCAGAACAGAGCCACCAGGUCCGAACCAUUCUGGCCCGGGUAGGAUCUACCCUGGGUAUCAAACUGGCGUUGAUACUAGCUGGGGAGGGGGAGGUCAAUUACAUAGCCCCUACCGCCCAAGGCGACACUAUCGUCCGUGAAGCAACUGUGGUAUAG